AGCCGCCGCCGGUUCCUUGCCGGCUGGGGAGGAAGAGGAGAGAGAAAGAGGCUGGCCGAGCAGCCGGGCGGCCUUGGCGCUGGCACCGCCGCCCGGGCAUGAGGAUGGCUGUCGGCGCAGCAGUGGCUGCAGGAGACGCGGGCUCGCCGAAUCCCGGCCCCGCUGCGGUCUCGCUGGGCUUGAGCGUGGCUGUGGUGUCCAGCCUGGUCAACGGCUCCACGUUCGUGCUGCAGAAGAAAGGGAUCGUGCGGGCAAGAGGACGAGGGACUUCAUAUUUAACUGAUAUAGUGUGGUGGUCAGGUACUAUUGCAAUGGCUCUUGGCCAGAUUGGGAAUUUCUUAGCUUAUACUGCAGUUCCUACUGUUCUGGUGACUCCGCUUGGAGCACUUGGAGUUCCAUUCGGGUCCAUUUUAGCUUCCUAUCUACUGAAAGAGAAACUGAACAUUUUGGGCAAAUUGGGUUGCCUCCUGAGCUGCGCAGGUUCUGUUGUUCUCAUCAUUCAUUCCCCAAAGUCCGAAAGUGUCACCACUCAGGCUGAACUUGAAGAAAAGCUUACAAAUCCAGUAUUCGUGGGUUACCUCUGUAUUGUGCUUCUCAUGCUGCUUCUACUUAUCUUUUGGAUUGCACCCGCUCAUGGACCCACUAACAUUAUGGUUUACAUCAGUAUUUGCUCAUUGUUAGGAAGUUUUACUGUGCCUAGUACCAAAGGAAUUGGACUGGCUGCUCAGGAUAUCUUUCACAAUAACCCAUCAAGUCAAAGAGCAUUAUAUCUGUGUUUGGUUCUGCUAGCAGUAUUGGGAUGUAGUAUAAUAAUUCAGUUUAGGUACAUCAACAAGGCACUAGAAUGUUUUGACUCCUCAGUGUUUGGUGCCAUCUACUAUGUAGUAUUCACCACUCUUGUCUUGCUGGCGUCAGCCAUUUUGUUCAGAGAAUGGAGUAAUGUUGGUGUUGUUGACUUCUUGGGGAUGGCUUGUGGGUUCACCACUGUAUCUAUUGGAAUUGUUCUUAUACAAGUCUUCAAAGAAUUCAAUUUCAAUAUCGGUGAUUUGAAUAAGCCUAAUAUGAAGACUGAUUAAGUUCUUAAUGUUCAAAGGAAUUGGAUAAUCCAGAGAAUGAUAGCAUCUUCAAAUUUUUAGGCCAGAGAAAUGAUAGCAUCUUUAAUUUCUAAUCUUUGAGAAUAACACCGCCUUUCAUUCCUUGCUGGAAUAUGUGAAAUGAAUUAGCGUUCUUAAUUCAAUUUCUCUAGGACUAUUGUCAUGCUUUGUAUCUUAUGGUAUCAAAUGAAUGAUUUUCUAAACCUCAUAGCAAAUGGGAUAAGAAUUGCAUCACCACAGAAGCUAAUGUAUUUCUUUAUCCUAAAAGAUUAUUUAUGUAGUGUAGGAUUGAAUUAUUUUGGCGUAUAAAGAUCCAGGAAUCUUUUCAAAUGGUUAUCCAGAAACUUCUGGUUGUGUGAAUCAACUGUCAGCACUUUUUGUCUGCAACUGAGCAAAUGCCAUGAGUGAUCAAUAGCCCUUUUUAAAAAUGUAGAUACACUUCAAAAACUAGUUGGGAUUUUCUUUCUAUUUAACUUUUCAGCUAUGUAUCAAACUUCAUUAUUCUUCCGGAUGUAUUUGAAGAUUCCACAACCAUUGCUACAGACUCUGUGUGUUGAUAUGGUUCGUUCUUUCUCUGAUUGCCUCUGCAAUUUGGACUGAUGAUGUGGAAUUCAUAAUUAUGUCCAAAACUAGGGCAGUGUGUUUAUAUCUUAACAUGUGUUCUCUCUCAUACCAGCUGAAAGUUGCUCACAAAUCUAAGUAAAUACAGCACUUAGUUGACAGCUAUGCCUUUUGUUCACAUGAAGCACUUAAUGUAUGUCAACACAUUACAUUAAUUCAGGAGCUUUUAAUUAACAUAAAACAAUGUGAGGGAUGUGAUAGAUCAUAACUACUUACUACCUUUUUUGGUAGGUCAUUUGUAAACAGCUGGAAACUACUUCAGUGCCUUUUCUAUUCUAACAAGAUAACUUUCAUGGGGCAGUUUGUGUUCUCUUAACAUUUGGGUGUCCUCAUGCUUAUCAACCUAUAAAAGCAGAGAGAGACUAAAAUGAUAUUUGAAUUACUAUGGGGUAACUUCUAUGCACUUCCAACUGGUGUUUGUUUAGAACAGAAGUAUUCUAUUAUAAUAAUAUUAAAUUACAUUUCCUAGACAGUUUUCCCUAACAAAUCCCAGUAAACUAUUGCAUAGCAUCUUUUGUCAGGUUUUGAACUGGCACUUUUAGAGUUAAACUAGGCAUUAUGAAAGGAAUUUGUGAGAUGAAAGAAAAAUGUUGAUUUUUGUUAAGGGAAAAAUAUCCAGAUUGACUAAGUGAUUCUUCAGCAGGGUCUGGAAAUGGUUGUCACUAACGUGGAAGAACAGAAAAAAACAAUGGGCUUUUGUUUCCACUAUACUAAAGAACAAACCCCUCAGUAUAAAAAACUGCUAAAUUAAAGUAGGAUUUUUUGAUUCAGAAAUUAAGGGUUGUUUUUUUCCUAGGUAACUUACUAGAUUUGAUUCAGCAGCUUUGAGUGUGUUUGCAGGUUCCUUACCGUGACUUGAUCUAAAGAUAGUGAAGUCUGUCAUAGAAAUAACAGUUUCAUGUCAGUUUCAAAGAAAUACUGUAUAAAAUAGGUACAUGAAUACUUUGCCAGACCAGUUUUUAUUUAUUAUUAUGUAUGCCCUUUUGUUGAACUUGUAAGCAUACAUUACUUUUUAAAUUCACUGCAUUUAAAAUUAAGUUUCUGAAUUCAGGAGGCAUAUGAGCCACAGGUGCUUGUGAGGGGAACAAGAAACACACUAUGCACCGAGUGCAAACUCUGCCCUUAUAUAUUUGCUUGUGAUGUCAUGAUGCAAGUACAAAAUACUGGCACUUGUGUCAUUAUGUCAUGACACACAUUUUGUUGUUUUGGCAUCAUCAGAGUUAGAAACAGACUCUGGCCAAUAUCAUAGGUGUCUGUCCACACCCUCAAGCAUUUUUAAGCAUACUUGAUCUUCAAAAGCAGUUUCUGACAAUAACAUUAUUUGUAGUGUGUGCAGAAAGUUGCACAGGGCAGCUGCUUUUCCCAGUGGAUAUAAGCAAUCACUGUAGAAGUGUUAUGAUUCCUCUUAAAUUCUGAAAAUUGCAAAUGGGAAGUCACUUUCAAAAAUAAGGUAGCUUACUAUAAGGGCUCUUCACACGUUAGGGAUAAAGAUUGUUUGACUGUAUGUAUGUUUAAAAAAAGAUCAAAAUCCAUACUAAUAGCUAGUUGAACAUUUGGAACACUGGAAAUUUGAGUGUGUGUUAUGGAUGCUGUCACUUAAUGGCAGCCUGAAUGGGGGUUCUUAUUCCCUAUAACAGACACCACGGGAAUGAAGGGGUGCAUCAGAAUAUAGCCAGUCAUAAAACACCCAUUUUACAAAGGGUAACUAGCGUCUCACUCCCUCUACCACACUGAGCUGUCCCUACUACCCCAGCUGACUGUUGUGGUUUUUAUGGGUGGAUGGCCAUGCUUCAGAACAAAGCCCAUAUACUGGGCUUAGACAUUUUUGGAAAUAAAUCAUGUUAAAGUCUGGCUUUCUUUUAAAACACACACACACACACACAUCCCCAAAGCCAGGUGGGGCAAGGAGCCUGCUAAGUGCCAAGGGAAAAAUCCACAGGCAGAUUGGCAUCAAAGGCGUCAUUUUGCCACUUCUCUCCCCAUCAGAAUAAAUAACUUCUGAAGUAACCUUUAAUCAACCUUUAAUCUGCAAACACUGGUUUGGCUUGCUUUAUUUAUUUAAGAAAUAUCUAUGCUGUCUUCUUCCAAAUGGCUCUAGGUAGCUUACAAGCCAGCCAUUAUUUCUAAUGAUCAUUAAAAUCUUCCUGUAAUGCACAGAGAGGUUAAAGAAAGGCGCUGAUAUGGGGAAGAUAAAAAUGUUUGAGUCUCUCCCAAAUGCUUGAGCAGAGAUCCACUCACUCUGCUUGCCAGAGAAAAUCUUGAAUGCUUAUACAAGCUGGUGUGGCCUUUUAGCUCCUGACCUUAAUCAGUAUUCAUAUCCAUUAUCAGUAUUAUUACCUAUAGCUAUUUUCCGAUGUUACUUUUUAAACAAAGUAUUCUGGCCAUUUGACAGUGAUCCGGUCACAUUUUAUUAAUUCUAGCUUUUCAGUUUGGGUGAUUUCAGUUUUGUUUUCCUUGAAAUAUUAUUUAGGGACAUGGCUUGAGUAUUCUAGAAAUUAUCACAAAUUACAGCUUGUUAUUUAUGCUGUUUUUCCCUCUGUGAAAAAGCACCUAAUCUAGCCUGCUGGUAAUAGUGCACAUUUAAAAUUGUAUACACAUUUAAAAUCCAUCAGCUGUUCUUUACUGAUUGAGGCAUUUGUUGGGAUAUCUUGGCUGGGACAACUAAUAUCUGUUCAGAAUGGUAAGAGGUAUGUCACUAUUCUCCAAAUAACGCUUCAGGGCAAAAGUGUAUUUUGUCAUCCAAGCUUGUAAGCAAUGCUACAAUUUAGUAGUAGUUUUGUUUUAUAUGUAUGUAACAUUAAAGAGUAGAAUCUUAUAAGUUAAAAUGUUUUAGAAAAACCAUUUUUGGACAAGCUAUUACCAGAUCUUGAUCUAAAAUAAUUAAGCUACUAGAUGACACCUACCAGCCAGCCACUCCUAGCUUUGGUAGCAGUGGGUAGAGAGUCAACUGACACCAUAACUGGGUUCACACAUUGCACUAAGCUACAUAUAGUUAGUUUGGCUUUGGCUUUGUUGUAUGAAGUAGUCAUCAUAGUUUAUACAAUAAACUAUGGUUAAGCAAACUAUGGGUAUGUGCCCUAUGCAAUCCAAGUUUCCUUGUGCUGCUGUUACCCUUCAGCAAGGCAUUCUAGAUAAAGAAAACUUUUUGAUAAGGAUGACAUACAUAUUGUUAUUUAUCAUCUGGGCUUUGAGUUUGAUGCCUGCUAGGUUGAGACAGCCUUAUAGCUAAAUUCCAGAAAGUUGUAUGUUUCACUGGCAUUCUGUGUAAUUUAUAUCUGUAGCAUCUAACUUUUUAGAUGGUAAAUAUAGAAAUACUUAUUUUUGCUACUUAUUUUAACAAAUUGUAUUAUUUCCUUCCCUUUUGAUUUUCUGUCUAUAAAGUUACCAACAAUAAUAGCAAUACUAGCACUGGACCUGCUUCCAUUUCCUGAUUUUUUUAAUGUUUCUUUUUUCUGUUAAUAUUUUGCUAUGUUUUUUAAAGAUGCAGUGAUUAAAUUAUUAUAAUGUUAGAAGUGGUAUGCCAUACAGGGCAAUAAAUGUGCUGGUAUCUCUUGAACUUUGGUCUUCCUUAAACCUCGACAUGCCCUUACUAGAGUAUUACCUGAUUCAUAUACACAGGCUACAUUGGUUACAUUCAUCAGGAGGAAACAAUGCUUGACUUGUUAUGGGAAAUGUGAGUUAGGGUUCCUGGUUUACACAUAAUACCACACAAAUUGGACUGUGGAAGGACUUGGAAUUGGACUAAGGA